CCAUGCUGCGUGUGGAGCCUGCUUAAGAUUCUCUCUCCUGGGAAGUGCGUGCGCGCCGGCAACAUGGCGGCCGCGGUGGUUCCGUUGCAGACCUUGCGCCGCCUAUGCCGCGUGCUGCUGUUCCUCUCCCAGUUCUACAUCUUGUCCGGCGGGGAAAGUACUGAUAUUCCACCUUAUGUGAUGAAGUGUCCAAGUAAUAGUUUGUGUAGCCGACUUCCUGCAGACUGUGUAGAAUGUAAGACAAAUUUCUCCUGUGUCUAUGGGAAGCUCGUCACCUUUGACUGCACCGUCAAACCUUCUGUUACCUGUGUUGAUCAAGACUUCAAAUCCCAAAAGAACUUCAUCAUCAACAUGACUUGCAGGUUUUGCUGGCAGCUUCCAGAAAUUGAUUAUGAGUGUUCCAAUUCUACCAGCUGCAUGACAGUAUCUUGUCCCCGGCAGCGUUACACUGCCAAUUGCACAGUGCGGGACCACAUUCAUUGCUUGGGUAACCGUACUUUUCCAAAAAUGCUGUACUGCAACUGGACUGGAGGUUAUAAGUGGUCUACUGCUCUGGCUCUGAGCAUCACUCUUGGUGGGUUUGGGGCUGACCGUUUCUACCUGGGCCAGUGGCAGGAAGGCCUCAGCAAGCUCUUCAGCUUUGGUGGCCUGGGGAUAUGGACACUGAUAGAUGUCUUGCUGAUUGCUGUUGGCUACGUGGGACCAGCAGAUGGCUCUUUGUACAUUUAGCUGUGGUUACAUGCUUCAGAGAGGAGCUCUCUGCCUAUAGGAGUUGAUGUGCUGUGAGUAAUGUAUUUGUAUGUUUUUAAUGUACAGCAUCUGUACUUUGCCUGCCUUGAUGAAGGUAAAAUAAAAAAACACC